AUGAGAAAUCUGUAUCAAAAGCUUGAACCACGCGAGGAGGACAGUUUCAUCCCAAGGGAAGAGACCGAAUUAGUUACUAAAAGUGUUUCACAAUGGCCCUGGCAUGUCAUAUACUGGAUAUGUGUAACCAUAGCCAUUGCUGAAGCUAUUCUUUUGGGUAUUCCUCUGUCUGUGGAGCAUAGUGUAAAGCCGCCAGCAUCACAAUUUGAUCAUGUACAAGUAGCCUUCGCGAACGAAGAAUCAUUCUCUAGAAUACGAGACAUGGAGGACUUACAAAUAGCAUGGAGCAUUUAUACGCUACCCGGUUAUGUGAAGGUCACGGAUCCUCAAGCAUACGCAAUGGUUUCAUAUGUAGAUCCCAUCACUGCUGAAGAAAACAUUUUUGUGCCUUCUGUGUUCCACCAACUCAGUUGUCUCAAGGAUGUACAGACGCUUUUCGUCGAACUCCAGAAGGGGAAAACAGCACUUCAAAUGACCCAAAGCGAAACUUCUCAUACGGAAGAUUGUUUUGAUUAUCUUCGACAGGGUAUCAUGUGUGGGGGGGAUAUGACCCUUGGAACUCAGAUGACAGAUGAGUCGACGAUUGCUUCAGUAAAACAUGAUUGUCGCGACUGGGGUCAGAUUAUGGAGUGGCAACGUAGAUAUUCUGUGGCUUCUCACGGGGGUUAA